CUCCUGUUCUCCAUUGAGUGGUGAUCUCUCAUCAAAUGGGUUUUUCUUGUGUUUUUAGAUACAUUUUCUUAUAUUCUUCCCUACUCUUUCACCUCCACGUUUACAAAGCUGAUGGGUAUGAUCAAUUGGAUCCACAUGGAAUGAUAGACAUCAAAUGGGAUAUCCUAACUUGGGAAGACGAUACAUACAAUGCACAAAUCUCCAUACUUAAUAAGCAAGCAUUUCGGCACAUUGAAAAACCUGGGUGGCGAUUAAGUUGGACAUGGCAAAAUAAGGAAGUAAUACGGAGUAUGUCAGGAGCAGAAGCAACAGAACAAGGUGAUUGUACAAGAAUUGAAGGAAGUAUACCUCCACACAGUUGUGAGCAGCAACCAGUGAUUAUCGAUUUAUUACCAGGAGCACCUUAUAAUAUGCAAACAAGUAAUUGUUGUAAAGGGGGUGUAUUAACAACAGAAAUCCAAGAUCCUUCGAAACAUGUAGCAUUUUUUCGUAUGUCUGUUGGAAAGGCACUGUUUAUGGAGAUUAUUAAUGGCACUGCAAAACCCAGUGUUAAUCAAACUGCGCCAGCAACACCAGCUGCACCACCACCUGGUGAUGGUGAUCAAGGGAAGCAGCGUGAUACGGGUAAAGAUAAGAGGCAGUCUCCGGCUAAAGUUGCAAGUCAUGACAAGAAUCACAAGAAGAAGCAUCAUUUUAAUGUUAAAGGAGUAGACUGCGAGAAGAAAGAAAAGGAGAUGAAGAACAAGUUUCAUGAUAGUCAUAAGAAGAGAGUUUUAAUAGGUAGUGACGCUGUUGGUGACGAUGCAGGUGAUGGUCAUAGGAAUACUACAGUCAAAAUCCGAGACCCAGUAGAUAUGAUUAUACCUCAGAAUUUCAGUAUUGGCAUUCCUGGUUAUGCUUGUGGACCCCCAAAGAUGGUUGCACUAACUAAAUUUCUUGUGGAUAACGGUCGUCGUAAAACACAAGCUCUCUAUACAUGGAAAUUGACGUGUACCUACUCACAAGUGCAGGCAUCACAAACCCCUACAUGCUGUGUUUCAAUGUCUUCAUUCUACAACAGAAACAAUCGUUCAAUGCCCUACAUGCAGUUGUGCUUGUCGUAGAGAUCCAACUAAACACUGC